AUGAAUCAUAUAUCAGCACAUCGAAGGACCAGCAGCGGCUCGACCGUCCGAGCCACUGGGACAUCACAAACAGGCUUAGCCUCCGGCUACCAGAAUAGCCUAAACACCGUGUCAGUUCGCGCAUCUCUCUGGAUUCAUGACGAUGCAUUCUCAUCCGAGGACGUUCUUAUCAACGAAGCCAUUCUAGCAGGCUCAGAUAUCCAUGAAGGUGGCUUGAUCAAGAUCUUCCCGGUUACUGAGGGCUCAGAUGUCCGGGAUUUUCAGUCGCCCAACAAUGAACGGGUCGACUCCAGGCGCAACACCGGCUCUUUAAACGAGACUAGCGACAUAUCUGGCAGGGACGACUACUACCUUUGUAUAACCAAGUUCGCGUCCACCGAGUUCAAGGCAAAGCAGGCCAACCUACAAGUCUCGAUCAAGAGUAAUAUUGCCACAGCUUUCGGAUUUAGACCACGUUCGUAUGUGCGCAUAUUUCCUGCGUCUUUUGAGGACUCUACGGCGUCCCAUGUGGAAUUCAGCUUUAGAGAUACGUAUCUGGCCAGGUCGGACAUGUGGCGGUUGGUUGGACAAGAGUUGGCAGGGACAACCGUUUAUGUCGGGCAAAAGAUUACCUACUUGGGGAGCAUCAAGCUCACAGUUAAGUCUAUCCAUGUCCGGAAUCACAAAGUGCCUACUGCUUUCUUCGCCGGCACCACAAUCCCAGUCUUCCGCAGUGAGGCGGCACGGUACGUGCUCUUUAUUCAAAUGUCCAGCGAAAUGUGGGACUUUGAUUCCGAGGGAAACGGUGAGAUCAUGUUCAACCGGGUCAUCAAUGGCUUCCUACCCGAGCUUUUCAAGAGAUGGACCGACCUGGAUGUUCGGCACCUGGUCAGCAUUGUUCUUUUCGGCCGUCUGGAAUACGACCGCUUCGAACUCGCGCGGAACAAGGAUAGGAGGCUAGAAACAGCACCUAUCUCAGGAUCACCCAACAUGACCGCUCGCCAGUAUCAGGACUUCUAUAGGGUGGUCGUCACCGACAUGGCCAGUGCGCAAUGGACAACAAUUUUGGACGAACUGAAGAAGGAUUUUCGUGUGUUUUUGAGAGACAUUUCUCUACACACAUCGAACACUAAGGAAAUUAUAUCAGAAGAUGCCAAAGCACCGCCAACGCGUAUUGCUGGCAGACCCAGCGCCGCGCUCAAGGGCAACAUAUUGGAAGCCAUCAAUAUUGCCAGCAGCCAGUUUGCUCAUGAUUUUGAAGACCGGGAUCUGAUUCGGACCGGGGUUUCAAUCGUGGUAGUCACAGCAGGAACCGGCGUUUUCGAAGUUCACCGAGAUCUGUUGAACCUGACCUCGCAGAAUCUGACGAACAACGGCGUUGGGAUUGACAUUGUUUGUCUUUCCAGGAUGCCAUUACACUCGGUGCCCCUGUUCAAAUAUCGGACUUCUGGAGUGGAGGAGUCAUCUCUGUCCUCGGUCGUUGAAGAAGUCACCGUUCCUGAGCACAGAUACGGAUCUGGUCCAAGCUUUUUCGAUUCCAGCCAGCCUCGCAAGCUCUCCCCGGCACUGUCAUCUGCGGCCACAAACAGCACACAGUACUUUGCAAGCUUUAUUUCUGGCCGGAGCGAAAGUGCUCAAGGGUGGAGCUACGGCAUUCCUCAGUGGGUUGACCUCUCGUACUGGUCUGCCGAGGGCGAGUCAGCAGAGAUCAAAUUUCUGGAGGAUGCCGCCAAGGAUGUGGAUGGGACCUCAAAACGCAAAAAGGGACCUUUCUUACCCCGUGUGAGGAUGUAUGAGAUCCAAAUGAUGGGGCUUAUGGAGUUAGGCAUGGCAGACAUGACUAUCCCAUUCAUGGCAGAAACGCAAGUAUCACUCACGCGUUCGCACAAGCGUGCUGGCUCAAAACGCAGACGAGCAACUGGCAGCAGGAGUCUGUCGCAUUCACCCACGCUAUCACGCAAGAGCCGUCUCGGCCCGGAGCCCACGCGAAUAUCCCAGGGGUUGCUGUCAUUGAAUGCCAAAGCACUCGGAGACAUAUUCGACCGUAUGGAUGCAUAUGACUCGCUGCUGUUUCAAGUACAUUCGACCACAGAGACCAAAUCCAAGGCCGCAAAGAUGACAAGUAGCUUGGUGAGGACCGAUACGGCCUCCUCGACUCAACCAAAGAAGCCCGCACCAGAAGAGGCACCAAAAUCGGGGUCCGGAUUGACAAAGGUAUUGACCAACAGAUCAUUGAAUUCGCCUUUCCGACCACAGCUCCCGUCCCUCGUCUCUGCAGAUGCUUCAAGCCCUCCGUUAACAACUAAGAAGGCCCGAGAAAUAUCCAAGGUCAACCGGACGCUGAACUAUGCUUUGAGAGGCCUGGCUCCACCUGUCCGUGCGAUUGCCAGUACCGAAGUAAACAUUACCAAUGUAGAGGCGCAUUCGCCGUUUGGUAAUCUUGGCCACUCAAGGCCGAGUGUAGCAACAUCAGCUGCUAGCAUACGCUCCGUGUCCACGAACAGUGUGCUCGGGGAGAAGCCUAAAGAGAACCUGGCUUCCGUGGAAAGAUCCAACUCUCAAAUGUCCGCGCGACCAGAUGAUACACCGUCAAAGCCCAUCUCCAUUAAUACUCCGUUGCGAAAGAUUCAGGACGAUCUCCUCUCUGAAUCACAGAGAUCAAAUUCAACCACCCGCCGAGUUCCAAACCAUAUGGCUGCUUCAAAAGAUGAUCUCGGUUAUAGCAAAGAGGCAGACAGUGAAUCAUCACGCUCUUCAGGAAGCGAAGGAGCAGACGACUCGGACAGCGUGGAGCCGGCUGAAAGCCCGCUGGGGACAUCGAUCGCCAGCUCGGUCCCAAGAAGUACUCUCCCCUACGUACGCAAUGUCAACGCGUCAAAUCCCUUGAAGCGCCACCCCGAAAGGGAGUCGUUCUUCGGCAGAUGGCAGCAUCUUUAUCCUCGGAAACCACGUGCCGCCACCGUCAAGUGGAAAUCUCUGUGCACUCCUGCGUCGGUGCCUCUGACGACUGAGGAUUUUCCAACCAAGGAUGAACUCGAAAUGGAUUAUGAUACGGAAAAUUACCAUGUCAUUCUGGCUAAUCCGAACGAGAUGCUUGAAGAGCCCGAGUCGCGCGACAUCCUCCUCGGGGAGAUGUUGGCCCUCAGAUUUAGUCAUGGGUACCAGCUCGUAGUUGGUCCAUCACUGCUCGAGUCUGUUGGUCCCGGGACGUGCGACACGUCGUCGUUCUUCACACCGAAUCUUGUGCGGCCUGACGGGUCCUUUAUUGUCAUGUCAAUGGGAAACACGAUACAGAAGCUGUCUCUUGAGGUGAAAAAUCGCAUUCAAGUGACGAGGUAUAUUCGGAGACCACCAAGUGUCCAGCCUCCAUAUCCUCAGGAGAUUUCCUAUUAUCCCAACAUAAGAACCAUUCUCUCCGAGGCAUACAAAAUAAGAGAUAUGCGGUUCAACGGGUUUUCCGAGCAGUACCCCUGGGAAGCGGCAGACAGAUACCUGGCUGACUUUAGAAAGCAAAACGAUGUCGAUGUCAAAGCUCUCCGUUUCUGGCGAGCAAGAUUUGUGCUCAUUCCAGUCGCGCCACCAGUCAACUCCUGGAGACCCACGCUAUCCGAAGCUGAAGAAAGCGAAGAAGAGAUUCAUUUGCGCGGAAUCCGAGCGUUGACGCAGAUGUGGCAAAAGGCACGAUAUGUGCCGCCAGACGAGAGAAGACCUGCUCAUAUCCGGUCGACCACUACGAAAGGAAAGGAUAGAAACCCGCUCAGGAUCAAUCUCGAAACCCUCAAUCCAUCGGAGCUCGUGGCGACGGAGCUCGAUAAGCUGAUCGCCGCUGAAGAGGCCGGCGAGGUACAAACGACACAACUUCUGCCCGAAGCUGAACAGUUUGAGAGGGACUCCUUCAGCCUUCCUAAGCUAGCCCAAGCCCUACAAGGCGAAAAUGGGAUUGAGAUCAAGACUCGACGCUGGCACUUGCGUCUUUACUACAGUUGCUUCAUGGGUGAAGACUUGACCAACUGGCUGGUCCAUAACUUUCGGGAUAUUGACACUCGAGAAGAGGCGGUUGAGCUGGGCAAUGAUCUUAUGAAGGAGAAUCUUUUCGAGCACGUCAACAGCAAGCACAACUUCAAAGACGGCAACUAUUUUUAUUCCAUCAAGCCCGAGUUUCGCAUCCAGCGAAUGGAAGCGAGGCAAUCAUGGUUUCCUGCAAGCCGACGCUCAGAUCGAUCGAUUCCGCCCACCCCUGCGACCGAGCAUCCAACCCGGGAGUUGAUCAGUGGCAGGUCACGAUCAGGUUCAAAUCUCGCCAACCACGGACAAGUUGCCUCUGAGCUGGCCAAGACGCUGGGAGACAAGAAACGACGAACUGUGACUCUGAGCAAGAUGAUCCGAAUCGACGUGGAUACGAGGAAGCGAUCCAACAGACCCGAAAUAAUCAACUUACAUUAUGACAGACUUCACAACCCGGAGAACUGCUAUCAUCUCGAGUUGGCCUGGUUCAAUGUCACGUCCAAGUUGGUCGACGACGCCAUUGUGAGCUGGUCUACACAAGCGGAGAAGUACGGAUUGAAGCUUGUCGAAGUUCCCAUUGCAGAAGCGUUCAAGGUCCCUGAGCAUGAACCUUUUCGUGCCGCCUACCGCAUCAAACUUGCUCUCCAGCCUCCACGCCGCAGCGUGGUGAGCACCCUGUACUUUACGGCAGUGUCGUUCGGCCCGCAAGCACCCCUGACCCCUGACAUGAACUUCUACCAGAAAGCGAUACUCAAGCGCUUCAACUUCGUCCUCGACCUCGAAGCGCCCUCGGAGUUUCCAGAGAAUGUCGAGAUCAAGUACUCCUGGGGAGACCUGGAUUAUCGCUACACGCAAUUCGUCCACCGGUCCGGAGUCGUCCUCGCGCAGAUCACUGAUGAAGGCGACAUCCUCCUCCUGGCAAACCGACUGUAUAAUUCUCGUCAAGCGUCGGCAAAAGACUCGUCGUCAAGGUUCGACGCCGGCAAGAAAGAUCUUACACCCAAUGCCUCCAGCACCAUGCUCCUGCGUCCUCAAACACUCUCUUCGACCCAUUCUGCACCGAGCAUCGCAGCAUCUGGGAUCAUCGGAUUGAAUGUACAAUCACCUCACGCCGGGCCCUAUGCAUCACCACUUAUUCGGCCUCUUUCAUCGACUCCUGCCGCUCCCAGCCAUAUGGGCGUAGAGACCACGGCACCAAAUGCCAACACAUCCAUAUCGACCGCUGUCCCCCCUCCGCCCAUGACACCAAAGGUGACGGCCGACGUCCUGGGAACCCGCCGAGCGCUCAUCGCCUCGGGAUUCUCGCACUUUGUCACGCCCGAACAGAUCAAAGACGAUCUCGAAGCCUUUUGCGCCGACAGGGAGCGUUUGGACACCUUCUACAAGGAGGUCACAGCGACGUUACCCGCCCAGCAUGCCGCUAUGAGAGAGCGCGAGCGCGACCGAGAACACGAGAGGUACGGUGGAAACGGGCCACUGGGAGCAAAGGAUCGGGGAUACAGGACCGCGGGGACGGGUUCGAGCUUGCUCAGGCCCAUCAGGGAGCCCGAGUCGGAGACGGGCAUUCCCGAAUUCAGACUUCCGGACCCGUUGAACAUGGGUUUUAGGAAGAAGGAUGUGUCUGCCGUUGUAUCUGGAUCCGCGCCUGGGUCUGGUACUGGUACUGGUACUGGUACUGGCGCCGGAGCUGGCGGGACCACGAACCCUCGAGACUCGACAUCCUCGUUACUCUCGCCAUGA